AUGCAUCGUUUGUCAAUCCCUACCCCACCUACCCCACUUCAAAAGUUGCAGAAAUUGUGGGAUGAAAUUGGUGAAAGUUACAAUGAAAUAGACAAGGUACUGGAAGUUAUUGAGCAGGAAUGUCUGGCUGUAUACGAUAAAAAGAUUGACGAAACUACCAAGUACAAAGCUGACUUACAAGGAUCACUAGCUCGAGCUUAUGAUGAAAUUGUCAGCCUUACGUCUUCGCUUGGUGAACAAGUUACCUAUUCAUGGAAGAAAGAAGGCUCUUUGAAACAGCAGAUGUCCACUGUACAGCCUGUUCUGGACGAUCUGCGGAUGAAAAAGGUUCUAAGAUGGGAACAAAUCUCCGAGAUUCUGACACAGAUAACUGACAUCUCUUCCAACAUAGCGGGGAGUGAUUAUCAUGGACGCAAUGGUCCAGACUUUGAUGAAAGCGACUUAACAGAAAGAAAGUUGGAUCAACUUAGAGCACGCCUGCAGGAUCUAUGCAAGGAAAAGGAUGAUCGUCUGCAGAAAGUAAACUCUUAUAUCAGUGCUAUCCGUGACAUGUCAGAGACAAUGUCAUCUGAUGUCUCGGAUGCCUUGAGCAAUGUGCAUAAAAGCCUGACCGACUUUUCAAUGGCUGAUGCAAAAAGCAUUAGUGAUGAUACUCUUGCUGGAUUAGCAAAACUUACAGAGUCUCUGAAGAAUGAGAAACAUCAGAAGCUGCUUAAGCUACAAGAUUUGGGAAGAACCAUGCAAGACCUGUGGAAUCGAAUGGAAACACCUAUGGAUGAGAGGAGGAGAUUUAAACAUAUAACGUGCUUACUACCUGUCCAAGCUGAUGAUGCCUUACGAAAAGGAUGCCUUGGUCUCAAUAUUUUCCGGGAGGCUGAACAUGAAGUUGAAAUACUGAAUGAGAAGUCCAGCAAAAUGAAGGAACUGGUGCUGAAGAGGCGGUGUGAACUAGAAGAAGUAUGCAGAAAGGGUCAUAUGGAUGUCAAUAGCGAUGCUGCAAGACAGAGUCUUGUUGACCUCAUAGAUUCUGGUAGUGGUGACCUGUCGCAUAUUCUUGCAAGCAUAGAUAGUCAGAUCGAGAAGGCAAAAGAGGAAGCUUUAACCAGAAAGGAGAUUUUAGACAAAGUUGAUAAGUGGACGAACGCAAAGAAGGAAGAAAGAUGGCUUGAUGAUUAUGAAAAGGAUGAAAAGCGCUUCACUCCUGUAAAAGGAGGACACACACAUUUAAAACACGCAGAGGACGCUAGGAGACGUAUCAGCAAAAUUCCUGCGAUUAUUGAUGGUUUAACCACAAAAGUGAAGGCCUGGGAACUCGAAAGAGGAGUCCGCUUCUUAUAUGAUAAGCACCCGCUGUUAGAAAUGCUGGAAGAAGACACUAAUUUGCGUGCUCAAAAAGAGGAGGAAAAGCGUGAACUUCGAAAGCAGAAACGACUGCAACGUUCGCUUGCUUCAGAUAAAGAAGCAUAG